AAUGUCAGUGUCAAAUCAAGUGCCCAUGUUUACUUUGUGUUUGUCUAAAAAUCAAUAAAUCUAACAAAAUAGCAACAAAUGUAGCAGAAUAAUUAAACUCAAUGGUGUACUAAGACACGUGAGUGGUGUUAAUUAACAGACAUUACUGAUAUUCUCUCCGUUAACUUCAAAAGGCGGCAAAUCAUGUCGUCUGAUUCUGUCAACAUGGGCGACAAUAAUUUAAAAUUACUGAAACAAGGCGCAGAAGCCAAGCUAUUCAUUUGUAACUAUCUGGGAAGACCAACAUUGAUCAAAGAAAGAUUCAAGAAAAACUAUCGCCACAGUGAUUUGGACGAAAUAAUAACCAAAGAUCGGAUGAAGAACGAGGCGCGUUCCAUAGUCCGUUGUAAAGCUGCGUUUGUCAGAACUCCAGCAUUAUAUUUAGUUGACUUCCAUAGACGACGAAUUUAUAUGGAGUACAUAGAGAAAAGUGUGACCGUAAAGGAUUUUAUAAUUAAUCAUGUAAAAGAAGAAGCACAUAAAAAACAAUUAAAUAUAGUUGCUGAAUUGAUUGGGCAGACUGUGAGGAAAUUACAUGGCUUCAAUAUAAUUCACGGGGAUUUGACAACAUCUAAUAUGCUCUUGGUUCCUAAGGCCGAAACUGAAGACCCUCAAUGGUUCUUCGGAGAGCUAGACUUAGUAAUGAUAGAUUUUGGUCUGUCAUACAUUGGAUCAAGUGGAGAAGAUAAAGGAGUAGACUUAUAUGUAUUAGAAAGAGCGAUUAUAAGUACACAUAAUGACUACCCUAAAUUAUUUGGCGUAAUAUUUGAAGCGUAUAAGAAUCAAUGCAAGAGAAACAUUGGAGAAACUUUGAAUAAGUUCGAAGAAGUACGAGCGAGAGGGAGAAAACGAACGAUGGUUGGAUAGAUUUAAGAAAUAAAGUUUUUUGUUUGUA